UAUCACUUUUAGUUAAUCCAAAGACUUUUUUGUUGUUGAUAUACUCAUCUAUUUUGUGAUAGCAAUUAUCUCAGAAGUGGUAAUCUCUUUUGAUGGCAAUCACUGCAAAUGCAAAUGACGACAAUUGGGACGACGAAACAGUGUCAUCAUUGCCGACACGACAACAGCAACCGAUUCCUGAUUUUCCGCCGAUUAGUGGCGAUAUCAUCAACGACUAUGUACUCGAAGAUUGUCUAAAAGCAAGCCAUAACUGUCGUGUAUUUGUCUGUCAUCACAAUAUGUUUUGCGAACAAAAAUUUGUGACCAAAAUCGGUAAACGAAGCGAAUCAACAAAAUUGGGAAACGAAUUGGUCUAUUAUAAGAAAUUGGUUGACGUUUCGGGAGUUCCCAAACUUAUUGAUUACAAAAUUUGGCCAACUGUUGAAUUAAAAAUGAUUGUCAUCGAAAAGUUUGAUAAUAUCUUUUCCAAGACAUGCGGUAGAUAUACGAAACACAAGCUGUCGUUGGAACAGCUCAUUCCGAUAGCCAUACAACAGAUAGACAUACUAUGCGAUGUCCAUCAGUGCGGUAUUAUUCAUCGAGGCAUCAAACCGGACAACUUUGUACUGUCAGCCGAUUCCAGCAAAGUAUAUAUUAUAGACUUUAACAAAUCUCGCCGUUAUAUUGAAAAUAAUGGACGACAUCGCGGCUACAAACGCACAGAAGGCCGAUUGCCGAAUGGUUUGCCAUUGUUUCACUCACUCAACUAUCACAAUGGUGUCCGCCGUUCGCGAAGGGACGACAUGGAGUCACUAUUGUAUUGUUGGAUAUAUCUAUUGAGAGGAUCAUUGCCGUGGAGUGAUAUUAAGAGAUGUGAUGGACAAUUCAAAGACUAUGUCAGACUUGUUGGCAAUCGUGUCAAUCAACUAUCAAUUGAUGAGAUAUGCGAUGAUAUGCCACAAAACUUUGCCAAAUAUCUACUCGAAUGUCGUAACUAUAAGUUUGAUGAACAACCAGAUUAUGUUAAACUAAGACAAUUGAUUGCCUAUUCAGCUGAUGAUAAUAAUAAUAAUAAUAAUAAUAAUAAUAAUCAAAAGUGA